AUGCUGUACAGACAGCUGGAUCCAAGACAUGAAAAAGGCACUCAAGUAGAGGCAUUAAACAGUGGACAGAGCAGCCAUGGUGCAAGUGCUAAAGGGGAAAGGCUAGAUGUCAAGCUGAGGUCACUUCCAGGAGCCCAUGAACCUUAUGAAGCAAGCAUCCCGGCGGACACUGAGAACUUGGCACUGAGGGACCUGGUGACACGACUGACAGAAAGUGACGGCAAUCUGGGAGUUUUCACGCACCGAUAUGAGAGUUUAGAAAACAGAAGCCUUACUUCAAUAAUUUGCCAAAUAAUGCGGAGUUUAAGCUGGACUGAGCGGAAGCAUGGCUGCAGGAGAAGUUCUGUAGAAGUGGUGCUGCUUGUCGUGGUGGUGGUGAGCUGCGCGGCACGGGGAGGAGGGAAAAGGAACCGGAGAGUGUGUGCAGAUCUUCCCGAGGAGAUCCUGGAGCAGAGGUUCAGUCGCCUCUCCAUCGGAGUGCUCAGCACUUUCCAUCACACACUCCAACUCACAGCAGAGCCUCAGAACCUGAGCUGCCCGUCAUCGGGUCUCCUGCGGAGCGUCAAGGGGUCCAGCAUGCUGGUGACUCUUUCACCAUGGGCGUACAGAUUGAGACGCGACCCAUCGCGCUAUCCCCGCUUUAUCCCUGAAGCCUAUUGCCUACGUAGGGGCUGUCUGACGGGGCCGAACGGUGAGGAGAGUGAAGACUACCGCAGUGUCCCGGUGUUUGUGCCCACCGCCGUGCUGCGCCGCUCAGGCUCGUGUGUCGGGGGACGCCGCUCCUACACUGAGAGCUAUGAGUCCAUACAGGUGGGCUGCACGUGCAUACCUGCACUCAAGCAGCAGGAGAGCAUACAGAGGAGCAACCAGAGCACAAGGAGAGAUGUGCAAAACUCCAACAGGCGAAAAAAAGUUACAAACUGAACCACAGGGGUGCUGUUUAAUCAAAAAGCACAUGCUCAGCCUUUGUGUGUGUGUGUGUGUUAUUGUGGAGACUGGUUAUCAUUAUAAAGCUGCUGAAAGAAUUACACAAUCAGAUCUGACUGCACUGGA